AUGGCCGCUAAGAGUCCCUCCAUCCGCGCCCUCUCGCGAUACCUCCUCCGCCCACAAGCGCCUCUGCACCCGAGGUGCCGGCAACAAUGCUACACCAAACGGUACUCUUCUGCAGUAGCCGGAGCACGUCUCAAUGGCACCGUCGAAUACGACACCACACCGCUGCUGUAUCAUACAUCCAAAGCUGCUCUCGCGAACCCAGAACUGCCUGAGGAUGUCCGCAGAGGCCAGACAAAGCGCAUCAACCUGUACCAAGCCGUGAACGAGGCCCUUCGUCACGCUUUGCAAUCGGAUGAAAGAGUGAUUGUGUUUGGAGAGGAUGUACAAUUUGGCGGAGUCUUCAGAGCUACAAUGAACCUCGCGAGCGACUUCGGGACGGAACGCGUCUUCAACACGCCGCUGAGCGAGCAAGGUCUCGUUGGGUUUGCCAUCGGCGCUGCGAGCGAAGGCAUGAAGCCUGUCGCUGAGAUCCAGUUCGCCGACUACGUCUACCCAGCUUUUGACCAGAUCGUGAACGAAGCGGCCAAAUAUAGGUACAUGUCAGGAGCAAACCAAGUGCAUUGUGGAGGACUGGUUGUUCGCAUGCCGACCGGUGUAGUGGGGCAUGGUGGCCUCUACCACUCGCAGUCGCCCGAAGCCCUCUUCACUCACAUACCCGGCCUCCACGUCGUCAUUCCUCGCUCGCCCACCCAAGCCAAAGGCCUUCUCCUCUCCGCCAUCAAGUCAAAUGACCCAGUCGUCUUUAUGGAGCCCAAGAUUCUCUACCGUGCCUCCAUCGAGCAAGUCCCUGUCGACCCCUUCUACCUUCCGCUCGACAAGGCCGAAGUCCUGAAGACUGGUAAAGACCUCACCAUUGUCUCGUACGGACAGCCCCUAUACACAUGCUCAGCAGCGAUAACAGCAGCGGAGAAAGACUUUGGGUGCAGCGUUGAAUUGGUUGACUUGAGGACCAUUUAUCCGUGGGACAGGGAAACGGUCCUUGACAGCGUGAAGAAGACUGGAAGAGCGAUUGUAGUGCACGAGAGCAUGCAGAAUGCGGGCGUAGGCGCUGAGGUGGCAGCAACGAUUCAAGAGCAGGCCUUCUUGAGGUUAGAAGCGCCGGUAAAGAGGGUCACUGGAUGGGCGACAUUCACAGGCUUGAUGUUUGAGCCGCUGAUAAUACCGGAUGUCACAAGAGUUUACGACGCUAUUAAAAAGACGUUAGACUACUAG